AUGAUCAAACUACGGAGACAAGACAUAACACAUGUAUACAAACGGUGAGGUGAGAGAGCCUUUGUUGCUGAGUUUUACUGUCACUUUUUCGACACAAUUAGUGUAUGUAUGCGCGACAGUAAUUUUGAAGAUGCAUUUAUGGAAACAUAAACGUGUGUUGUUGUACAUUAAAAUAAGAAUAAUAAAUUCGCAAAGCGAUAAUUGUCAGUAAUUAUCGACUCUUGUCGAUGGCACGAACUUGACGACCGCUAAAUAUAACAAUUAGCGGCUAUAAAUAUAAAACACACACACACGGGUCUAAUGUGCAACAGUAUACAGGAAAUCAAUCGUGAAAAUCGCCGAUCGUUCUCAGUCUUCCGUCUGGGCGACGUCAUGCGAUUUCUUGAUUACAUACAACUUGUUUAAUGAGUUACGAGUGUUGCAAAUAUGCCGGAGCAGGUGGAAUUGCAACAGUUAGUUGACGCCGACGUGGAGAAUAACACGGCAAAUCGUAAGAGAAAAUUAUCGUCUCUAUUGUGUAAAUCGUGCCCUUAUUUGGGUCUGCUGUUAGCCACACUAUCGUCCCUGUUCUUCUCAUUAUGUAGCGUAAUUGUUAAGAGUCUGGUAGAGAUAAAUCCCACGGAAAUGGCGAUAUUUAGAUUUGUGGGUGUGUUGCUGCCAGCAAUACCGAUUGUGAUUUACAAGGGCGAACACCCGUUUCCGAAGGGGCGUAGGUUAAUACUUAUUUUGAGGAGUUUCAUUGGCACAACCGGUCUUAUGUUGAGUUUCUAUGCGUUCAGACAUAUGCCGUUGGCUGAUGCCUCCGUUAUUGUAUUCUCCGUUCCUGUGUUUGUAGCAAUAUUCGCGCGGAUAUUUCUGAAGGAGCCCUGCGGUCUGUUUAACGUUAUCACCGUGUGUCUUACGCUAAUCGGCGUGGUACUGAUAACGCGACCGCCACUGAUUUUCGGCAACAUGGUAGAAUCUCUUUCAGACGGUCACAACAAGUCGGAGCACGUGGAUUUGUGGGGUGCCGUGGCUGCUUUUUCGGCCACUUUGUUCGGAGCGAACGCGUAUGUCUUGCUACGCGCGUUAAAGGGUCUCCAUUUCUCCGUUAUAAUGACUAACUUUGGUUCGUUUGCCCUGAUACAAACUACGCUUAUAUCGUGGGCUAUCGGCGCUUUGUGUUUGCCACGCUGUGGCACAGACAGACUUUUGGUAGUUGCGCUUGCUUUGUUCAGUUUCGCGGGUCAGAUCUUAUUGACAUUGGCGCUUCAGAUGGAGCAAGCCGGUCCGGUGGCCAUAGCGAGAUCCACGGACAUCGUCUUCGCGUUCUUCUGGCAGGUGCUAUUCUUUAACGAAAUACCGAACCGAUACUCCGUGGGGGGCGCUAUAUUGGUCACAAGUUCAGUUUUGUUAACGGGAUUGAGAAAGUGGGCUAUCUCGUUGCCCGAAACAUCCAACAUCAAAAAAUCUCUUGGGAUCUUAACGUAAAUAUCUUUUUUUUUUUUCAUAUAGAGAGAAACAAAGUAAAGAGAGACUAAUUAGAAUAAAUUUACUAAAAAGUGAAUAAAAAAAAAUGUGCUGAAGAAGCAAUUUGUGGAUGUUACUAGAAAUAAUUUUAAAUUGUCUUUCAGAAUUUGUGAAAGAUUUAGAUACAUAUACACGUACGUACACAUAUUAUGUACGUGUAUAUAAAAUAUAUAUCUCAACAAAUCUUUUUAUAUUAUUUAUUGAUAGGAGAAUAAGAAAAGCAAAGUAAAGAAAUUGUUCAGUCUGCAUAUCAUAUUUUUGAAUUUUUCGAAAUUUAAAAAACUACGUUAUAUAAUAUAGUAAGUUUUUAUAUUAUAUGUUAAAUAAGUUUUUAAAAUUGUCGAUGACUAUAUCGCAUCCACCAAAUAUUUUUACAUAGACAAAAUUCAUAAGUUGCCUGAUAAGAGACUAUCAGUAAUAGAGCGAUUACGUCAAUAAUUUUAAUACGUUAUAAAAAUAGACAAAAAGAUAUGUUUAUAUUUAAGAUGUUAUUUAAUCUCUUUUGUUACUUACAUAUUCACAAAAUUUUAUCAAACAACACAAAUAAUAUAUAUAAAUAAUAUAUAAAUUUAUAA